GGCUUUAACUUGAUUUGAAUAAAACACUUACAAAGUAGGAUUAGCUUUAUUAUAUUAUUAUUAAUAUGUAGGAAGAAUAACACCGAACCGGUCUUAGCUCGGUGGCAGAGCUCGGGAUUGUAGUUUGGUUCUACAAAUUAAAACCGCUUACAAUUAAUCCCAGGGGUCGUAGGUUCGAUUCCUACAGCCGGUGAAAAUUUGUUUUUUCGAAAAAGCGUUUCAAAUCCGAAUUUGUUUAGGAUUUGUACUUCAAACUGUUAAUCGAACUCCCAAAGUGUUCAGGCCUUAAUCACUAUUCAAUAUAAGAUGACGGCCCAACUAAUAGUCAAAGAUGACGGCCCCAAUUAACGGAGCCCACUUUCCAUUGGAGAAGUUCAAAUCAAAUUUACUUUUAUGUCUAACCUAAGGAGAAAAAGAAAAAAAAUCGUAAAUGUGUUAUUUUAUUAAUUUUAACAAAUACAUUUAAUUCUAUUAUUUCAAAAAUAUCAAGAAGCAAAUAACCAACACUUGCAAAGAUAAAUAAUUAAUUUUUUGGGAAAAAAUUAGAUUAAAAAUUACUUAAAAUGUUGAGAAAAUGUAAGAAAAUUUCUAAUUUCUUGAUAAAUUUUGGCCAAGUCUAUAUAAUUCAGCGGAGAGAUUAAUUACUUACUAUUGUAUGGUAUAAUAGAAAAAUUUUUCUUCUUUGAUACAAUUGUUUAUACAAAAGAAAUUCAAACCCAGAAUAUGGAUGCAUUGCAUAAUUGAAUUUGUUUAAUGCAGGAGAUCCAUUAUUGAGUUGACCUUAAUUAUUUUGGUGAUUGAAGUUUACCCCAUAACUUCAUCUUCUUCAACAAAGAAACUCUGCAUAAACAAUUCACACGUUCAUUUUUAUUUUUAAUGUCAAUGGGUUGGGUUAUGCUGCGCACGUCGAAUGAAAGAAGCAGAGGUUCAUUAUUGUGUAUUUAUUGUUGUUUCUUUAAUCAUGCAGGGAGUAUUAUUCUCGCUAUGUCCCAUCUCAUGAUAAUUCCACAGAAUGAGUAAAUAAAAUGAGAUAGAAAGAAUACAUAUUAGCAAAUAAAAUAUUGAAAUGAGAUGAAAAAAAUAUGGCUUUAUUGAUCUCUCUAAGAAAAUUGGGGUGAAUUUAUAUUUUGAUGAACUUAUGAAUCAUGUAAAUUGUAAACUGCAAGGCCACCUAAUUUGAUGAAUUAGCUACGAACGGAAAUCUCACAAAAAAAAAUCAUCUUGGUACUCAACAACCAAAGUAUGAUAAUGUGUUGAAUUCAACCAAACUAAAUUACUCAUUGUGUCCCAGAAUUAUUUUUCCGGUGUAAAAUUUCAAUUUUAAUACAAUCUGAACGAAAAUAAAAAUCUAUAUUGGACAAUAAUUUUGGAACGUGGGAAGACUCUUGCCCUGAAACGUUUAUGCAAACAUGUAUACCUCUACGGAAUAGUUAACCAAAUAAUUUUCGACUUCCAUAGUCCAGAGUCCAAAUUUUGUAUGGAAAAUGUUCACUCAAACCGUCCAUAAUAAUUAUUAAAAUCUUCACAGAAAUGUAGACAAUUAAAAUCGUAAACUUUAUAUGAGAUUUUUUAGUCAGCAUAUAUACAUUUAUCAAAUUUGAAAACAUUAACGUUAUUUUCCUAUAAAGUUCACACGUUACUCUUGUUAGCUUUUGCUUAUUAUCAAAUUUGAAAACAUUAACGUUUUUGAACAAAGUAACAACAUAGACGAUGAUAAAGUUAAUAACUGAUCCAUAAUUCUUAUUAGUGUGUUCCAAAAAAAAAAAAAAAACCAAAAAGCUAUCUUAAAUUAGUCCACCCCAAUAGUUUAAUCAGUUGUUAGGAGGUCAAAUUCAAUGCCUCCAAAAACAAAUAAAUUAAAAAUAGUGCCAGCAGAUUCUUAUUCUUAUUCACUGGAAAGAAAAGAUUGAUAGAGACGAGUUUGUGUAACUCUGGGAUUGGAUUGGGAUUGGGAUUUUGGGAGGGAACUGUUUCAAACAAAAAAAAAAACGGUAUUUAGUAUUAAAAUCUGCAGAAUUUUUGCAAUCUGUAGCUAUCAUCAACAACUGUUUAAAUUUAAAUCCUCAAAAGCAUCCCAUUACAGUUAACAACAACAGCAUCAUAAUAAAGAUUGGAUUUUUAUUUCUUAUUUUUUUACCGUUGCUUUUCUUUAUUACUUUUCCAUCUUUUCUCAUUUUCUUCAUGCCUUUUGCUUAGCAUGACUGACAUUUUCAAGAAAGUUUGCCUGCUGCAUAUUCUGUGAAUUAUUUCAAGAAGAAGCCUUUUUUUUUUCUUAUAGUUGAAACCAAUUUAUAUAGAAGAUUCAUAUUCGUUCAUUGCUUUUGUUUUAUGGACCAGUUGGAUUCUUAGACUAGAAUUUGAAAUGGGUUCCCGGUAAAUAUAAAAUCUCCAGCUUCUUUAAUAAAAAUGCAUUCUUUUGAUCUUUUCCCCCCCAGAAUCCUGACUUUUGUUGAAUUUUUGUUCAUUUCAGAGGGAUAAAGAAGAAGGGUUCGUUUCAAAUGGACAGGAUAUCGAAUUCUGAAGAAAGUUAUGAUGUGGGAUCUUACUAUAGAAAUUCACAAUCUUCUUCUUCUUCUUCUGUUGAUCAAAGUGAUCAAUCACCAGUAACAGAAGCAGCAGCUACAAGGUUGUCUAUGAAGAGUGAGAACUCUUUCUGCAGAACAAGUUCUGAUGUUUCAGCAUUUUCGGAACCUACAGAUGAUAACAGCAGUUAUUCAGAAACUCCUUCCCCUUUGUAUUGGCCCAUGAAAUCUCCAAAAUCCCAUGUGCUUUCAAGGUUAGGGAUGCAGCAGCAUAAAGAUGUACUUGAUGAUGAGACAGAAACAGAGGAUUUUGAGCUUGAAAUGAUGAAGGAGAGAUUCUCAAAGCUUUUAUUAGGCCAGGAUAUGUCUGGAAGUGGAAAAGGAGUUAGUACUGCUGUAGCCAUAUCGAAUUCGAUUACAAACCUCUAUGCUUCAAUUUUCGGUCCACACCUGAGAUUAGAACCUUUGCAUACUGACAAGAAAAGUAUGUGGAAGAGAGAAAUGAGUUGCUUUCUAUCCAUCUGUGAUUACAUAGUGGAGUUUGUACCCACAAUACAGGAGUUACAAGAUGGAACUGCUCUUGAGGUGAUGGCUAGUUCACCAAGAUCAGACAUUUGUAUCAGCCUUCCUGCACUGAAAAAGCUUGAUGCUUUACUGCUGGACAUACUGGACAGUUUUGCGGAAACUGAAUUUUGGUAUGAAGAACAAGGAAGUAGGUCUGAAAAAUCGACUCGUUCGGGGUCAUUUAGGAGGAUUCUUCCAGCUCCUCAGCGCAAGGAGGAAAAAUGGUGGCUGCCAGUUCCAUGUGUUCCUUCUAAUGGUCUAUCUGAAGAGUCUAGGAAGCACUUGAGAAACAAGCGUGAUUGUGCCAACCAGAUUCACAAAGCAGCAAAAGCCCUUAAUAAUAGCAUCCUCUCCGAAAUGGAAAUUCCUGAUUCAUACAUUUCAUCACUCCCUAAGACUGGAAAAACAAUUGUUGGAGACACAGUUUACCGUUAUAUGUGUACUUCAGACAAAUUCAUACCAGACUUGCUUCUGAACCACCUUAACUUGAGCUCUGAACAUGAAGCACUUGAGCUUGCAGACAAGAUUGAAGCAUCUAUGUACACUUGGAGGCGUAAAGCAUGCAGCAUUCCACAUUCAAAAUCAUCAUGGGACAUAAUGAAAGAUUUCAUGUCUGACACUGAUCGAACCGAUAAGAAUAUUGUCUUAGCAGAACGAGCCGAGAGUCUGCUCUUCUGCUUGAAACAAAGAUACCCUGAACUUGCUCAAACAUCUCUGGACACCAGCAAGAUUCAGCACAACAGAGACGUGGGAAAAGCUAUCCUCGAGAGCUAUUCUCGAGUUUUGGAAGGCUUGGCGUUCAACAUUGUUGCUUGGAUAGAGGAUGUGAUGUUUGUAGAUAAAACCAUGCAAAGCAACCAAUAGUAGGAUGGAUCAGGUUUUUUUUCUGAGUUUUAUUCAAUUCAUGUUACAGAAUCGCCUGCAAAGAAGGCUCUAUGUAUGAUGAGGUUUUUCCUUACUUAGAAGAUUUACCUUUUCGUGUAAUACAAGCAUUUAGCUACAUUGGUUUAGCAUCUUCCUGAAUUGUAAUUCAUACUCAAUCCCAGAAUAUUUUAUGAUCUAUGCAGCUCUUUUAUCUGCCC